UUCAAUACAAUAUGGAAGUGGUGUAGUGUUUGUAUAUGUAGUUUGGCAAGGUCAGUCUUUGUGCGAACGACAAGAAAUCUGUUAAAAAAGAUAGGUGUUUUCCUUAAAAUUCUAGUUAAGUACCCCGAGUGUAAAAAAGUGUAAAAGUGUCUUGAUCCCUCGAACUCAUGAAUAGCACAAAUUCCUCCAACUCUAAUGGAAGCAACAAAUAUUUUGUAAAUUUCAAUCAGGACUGCACAUCACUAGCAGUUGGAAGUAAAUCAGGAUACACACUCUACUCUCUAAACAACGUCGACAACUUAGAACAGAUCUACAGCCAUGGGAUGGACGACUGCUGCCUCGUGGAGAGGCUCUUCAGCAGCAGUCUUGUGGCCGUCGUGUCCCUGUCGUCCCCCAGGAAGCUAAAAGUGUGCCACUUCAGGAAGGGUACGGAAAUAUGCAACUAUUCGUAUUCGAAUACGAUUUUAGCUGUGAAACUCAACAGGGCAAGAUUGGUGGUGUGUCUGGAAGAGAGUUUGUACAUCCACAACAUAAGGGAUAUGAAGGUGUUGCAUACGAUAAGAGACACGCCUCCGAACCCGCUGGGGCUGUGCGCCCUCAGCAUUGACAAGGAAAACUGUCUCUUAGCCUAUCCUGGUUCGUCUACGAUAGGCGAAGUGCAAAUAUUCGAUGCUAUACAUCUGCAUGCUAAGACGAUGAUCCACGCGCACGAUAGCCCGUUGGCGGCCAUUGCCUUCAGCCCCAGUGGCACUAGAAUAGCCACGGCUUCGGAAAAAGGUACCGUGAUAAGGGUUUUCUCUGUUAUGGAUGCGUCGAGACUGUACGAGUUUAGGAGGGGUGUAAAACGGUGUGUCGCCAUCUCGUGUCUGGCUUUCAGUCUAUGCGGGCAGUUUCUCAGUUGUAGCAGUAACACUGAGACUGUCCACGUUUUCAGGUUAGAGGACCCCAAGGACAGCCCGAGAAGGAGCGUGGACGAGAGCACUUGGAUGGGAUAUCUGUCGACGUACCUCCCCACUCAAGUUACCGAUGUUUUUACCCAGGGUCGUGCUUUCGCCACUGCCCAUUUGCCUUUCUACGGCUUGAAAAAUGUCAUUUCCAUCGCAACCAUUCAGCAACAGUUGAGACUGCUGGUUGCGACGGAAGACGGGGUCCUCUACAUCUAUAACAUAGACCGUAACGAAGGCGGCGACCUGGUGCUUUACAAGCAGCACCGCCUCGAUGAUAUCCCCAACGCGAGCACGGGCGCCGAUUCCACGGACGCCGCUAAGCGUUCCUCCCCGCAACGCGUAGAAGGAGGCAUACUAGGUAGCUACGCUGGCAUCGUCAAGGGCAAUCCAGUGGGCCAAAUGUCAGAGUCGGACAAGUUAAGAGAGAUGGCGGCCGCAACCGAAUCACCACCAAAAGGUGCUUUUCAGUUCACCGACGAGCAAGAGUACCCGCCUUUAACCCAGAGCUCCGACUGAGACCAACCCUACUGGCUUUUCGAGAUCGAUCUACUGGCGCUCACCCACAAGGAAAGGAUGCAACUCACCUGUAUGUCGGUUAUCCUCAUCAACCUGGUCGUCUGCCUGAUCGAGGACUUUAUAUCCUCGGUCUUCGGCUUCCCCAGCUAAAUUCACAUGUUUUCAGUUUAUGUCUCAUUAAAUCUAUGGUACCAGAAUGUUAUUUUUGAAAAAAAUAUGCGAGAAUGAGUGACGUUUCCGAGGAGAGACACUCCUCAGUCGUAUAACUUGGUGUUGCCUGUUCCGGUCGUUGACCCUCAAUGUUCUAUGUCGGAAUCAUAACAGAAUUCCUGAUUCUGUAAUGCCGGACAUAAUUGAGGGUCGACGUUUGUCGACCAAGGAAAGUAUGGUGCUCAAGGUGUAAAAAGCUUUAAAUGUUAUUUGACUCAUGUUUGUGCGAGAUCUGCUACGAUGGGAUUAAGACCAUUCCGUUCGAGGCUAAUUUUCUUCGAUUUUCAACGUUGAUCUCAUUUGUAGAACAGAAAAUUAAACAGAAACUGAAACAGUUACUCCUGCCGUGGCAGAUUUUAGUGUUUGUUAUAUUUAAGCGGCUAGAAUUUAAAUAGUCACGGAAUUACAUUAUUUUUAAAAUAUUAUAAAGUGUGUGAUAAUUGAGGUUUAUUGGUCUACGAUUUAUAUAUGCCAAAAUCCCGAAAUGUUAGCUUUUUAAACGUUUUUGAGACUUUUAUCUUUAUCCCACUCCUGAUUCGAUUCAAUAGUACACUACAGUUGAGGAUGCGUGCGGUUCGUUGGUUAUUUUAAAAGAUCACCUCCCUAGGUUAAUUAUUCUUUCGCAUUAAGUACAUUUACUUUUAAUUAACCACCAAAAGUCCGUCGCGGACACUAAAAAAUCAGAAAAAUAUCAUAUCAAUAUACAUCGUCAUAAGGUAGUAGACGUUAUCUAAGUAGGUAAAUGUUUUAUGUUGUAUGGUAAUAAAUAGCAAAAAUACAAACAAAAAAAAAAACAAUCGAAAAACUAAACAAAGGCAAAAAAUAUACAUUUUAUUUUUUUAAGUAACUUUUAGUACGGAAUUCCUAUAAUAAAAAAGUCUGAUUAAAGAUGCAAGUGGUGAAAUCCGGGAAAAAAUUUUUAAUUUUCUUGGGAAGGGUGGUUCAUGCAAAUAGAAGGUGAUCGGGUGGAUCGUUGAAGUGUCGAUAUUUGUUUAAAAAAAACUUCAACGGUUGUAAAUUUUAUAACGUUCAGUGCAAAUCGUACUGUGAUUAGCUUUAAAGUGUCCGAAUACACAAAGAAUUGUUCAAAUUUAAUUUCUUACCCAAACGUCAAGGAUAUAAAGAACUUGACUUUUUACAGAAAUUUCACUGAACCUAAUUCUAAAUUUAAGGCGUUUUUCGGAAAUUUAUACAUUGACUUUUUUUCAGUCUAGACCAGAGCUAUAUUUGAUACUUCUCUGUUAUGAAUCACCCUGUAUGAGUGGUUUCUUUUUUUAUGAUGCGAUGACAAAUAAUUACCGUGUAAAAAAUUCCAAGUUAGAAGUGAUUUUUUGCACUAUUUUAAAAAUCGACAGCGAAUAUAUAGAAGGGACUAUCUUUUGCUGCUUUUAUAUGACGGUCUGGUUUUGUUACACCGAAAUGAUACAACCUUUCGUUUCACUUAACAUCAAAUACAGAUACGUGUCGUUUCAACCAAGUUCCUCUGUUAGUGCAAUUUUAGUAAAGUUUUCAUGGAACCGAUUGGCUUUGUGUGUCUUUAUUCGCUGUCGAGAGCCAUAAUUGUAAAUUUAGUUCAAUUAUUUUAAUAAAUAAAGGAUAACAUUGAUGUAUAUAAUGUUAUAGGUUGAAUUUAGUUAAAAUAGUUAAUGUUAGGCUGAAAGACUGCUGUUUUGGCCUAUCGGAGAGAUGAGCCGUUCCAGUGUUUAAUCAGUUUCACACGACGUUGCGUCCUGUUGGAACGUGCGCAGAAAUAAGUGUUUUAAAUGUUUUGUGAUUGUUUUUUUUUUAUAUAUUCAGUAGCCGCAGUGACAUUUAUUUAUUACUCCCUAGUUUCGUUCCUGGUUUCCGUCAUCGAGGGGAAGUUUUUCGGACUUUACAUUUAACUAUUUUAAGUUAUUUUGCGCACAUUGUGCUUUGUAAAUAUUAGUUUUAAGUAUUUAAAAUUUUCAUUAGGGCAGUCUUGGAAUCAGUUCGUUUUUCUUUGAGAAGCUGCAGUUUUUGUACAAGCUAGGAUAUUUGUACCAGAAUGAAUGGAAAAUAUAACUACUCAUACCAUU